CCCCGCCCGCAGCCGGCUGCCCGGCCCGCCUGGCACCAUGCUGCCCGCGCGCUGCGCCCGCCUGCUCACGCCCCACUUGCUGCUCGUGCUGGUGCAGCUGUCCCCAGCUGGCGGCCACCGCACCACGGGCCCCAGGUUCCUCAUCAGUGACCGUGAUCCUCAGUGCAAUCUCCACUGCUCCAAGACUCAGCCCAAACCCAUCUGUGCCUCCGAUGGCAGGUCCUAUGAGUCCAUGUGUGAGUACCAGCGAGCCAAGUGCAGAGAGCCGACCCUGGGUGUGGUGCAUCGAGGUCGAUGCAAAGACGCUGGCCAGAGCAAGUGUCGCCUGGAGCGGGCUCAGGCCCUAGAGCAAGCCAAGAAGCCCCAGGAGGCGGUGUUUGUCCCAGAAUGCAGCGAGGACGGCUCCUUUACCCAGGUACAGUGCCAUACUUACACAGGGUACUGCUGGUGUGUCACCCCAGAUGGGAAGCCCAUCAGUGGCUCUUCUGUGCAGAAUAAAACUCCUGUAUGUUCAGGUUCAGUCACCGACAAGCCCUUGAGCCAGGGUAACUCAGGAAGGAAAGUCUCUUUUCGAUUCUUUUUAACCCUCAAUUCAGAUGACGGGUCUAAACCGACACCCACGAUGGAGACUCAGCCCGUGUUUGAUGGAGAUGAAAUUACAGCCCCUACUCUAUGGAUUAAGCACUUGGUAAUCAAGGACUCCAAAGUGAACAACACCAACAUAAGAAAUUCAGAGAAAGUCCAUUCGUGUGACCAGGAGAGGCAGAGUGCCCUGGAAGAGGCCAGGCAGAAUCCGCGGGAGGGCAUCGUCAUCCCCGAGUGUGCCCCCGGGGGGCUCUACAAGCCAGUGCAAUGCCACCAGUCCACUGGCUACUGCUGGUGUGUGCUGGUGGACACGGGGCGCCCACUGCCCGGGACCUCCACACGCUACGUGAUGCCCAGUUGCGAGAGCGAUGCCAGGGCCAAGAGCGUGGAGGUGGAUGAUCCCUUCAAGGACAGGGAGCUGCCAGGCUGUCCAGAAGGGAAGAAGAUGGAAUUUAUCACCAGCCUACUGGAUGCCCUCACCACGGACAUGGUGCAGGCCAUUAACUCAGCAGCGCCUACUGGAGGUGGGAGGUUUUCCGAACCAGACCCCAGCCACACCCUGGAGGAGCGAGUGGUGCGCUGGUACUUCAGCCAGCUGGACAGCAACAGUAGCAACGACAUUAACAAGCGGGAGAUGAAGCCCUUCAAGCGCUACGUGAAGAAGAAAGCCAAGCCCAAGAAGUGUGCCCGGCGUUUCACUGACUACUGUGACCUGAACAAGGACAAGGUCAUCUCACUGCCUGAGCUGAAGGGCUGCCUGGGUGUUAGCAAAGAAGGUGGUAGUCUUGGCAGCUUCCCCCAGGACAAACAGGCAGGCCCAAACCCAUUCAUAGGACGCCUCGUCUAAGGAGUGGAAAACCACAGGGCAGGUGGAGAGACCAGGGAGGCAGGACGGACUGCCCGAUGCCCAACCUUCACCAGCUCCCCAGGCCCGGCCACAUCCCAUGUAACAUGAGUGGUGCCCACCGUGUUUGCACUUUUGAUAACUCUCAUUUGCGUGUUUUCUUUCUGGUUGCAUUUUUAAACACCAGUAUCUAAUACCACAGUGGGAAAAGGAAAGGGAAAAAGACUGUUUAUUCUCUCUCUUAUUGUAAGUUUUUGGAUCUGCUACUGACAACUUUGAGGGGUUUUUGGGGGGCGGGUUUGGGGGGAGGGUGUUUGUUUCGGGGACUGAGAAGAAAGAGAUUUAUAUACUGUACAUAAAUAUAUAUGUAAAUUGUAUAGUUCUUUUGUACAGGCGUUGGCAUUGCUGUUUGUUUAUUCCCCUCCCUCUCCCUGCUCUUGUGGCGGGGGCUCUGGACACAUAGCCCAGCUUUCUAGAACCCAGACUGUGCCCAUAGCCCACCUGGAUUCCAUUUGGAGACUGACCCUGUGUGUGUGCGUAAAGACUGGAGCCCGCAGAUUAUAUUGUCGACUCCAUCGGUUCUUUUCUGGUGGGAGGGGGGUACUGCCCCUUGCUUUAGCUGUCAGAGCUGGCAAAUCACUGGGCAGUUGGCCUUCUCGAAGGAGGUUGGGUUGGGGGACAGAUGGGAGCUGCCCCCAGAGGGAGGGCGGUAGCCAGCACCGGCACCAAUUCUCCCGUGCCCAUGUGUUCCUGCUCUCCAGACCCUCAGGCGGCCCACAAUCCGUCCAUGGGGACGCCAGCAUCCUCGUAACCCCACUGGUCCUCGGAGGAUUUGCAUUACAUCGUUUGAAACCUUUUCACCCAUGUUUAGCAUCUACUCUGUAAAGCACGAGAAGGGAGGCAAAGGAGAGAAAGACAUGCAGUGGGGCCUUCUAUGUAGAUGUUGGACGUUUAAGCAGUGGAGGGACGAGGACAAAGGCCCCUCUGCUGAGAGCAGGGCCAGCUCCCCGCGGACGCACAGGUGAGGCUUCCUGAGGCUGGCCCUCUCUACACCGGGUCAGACGGGGUCUUCUCCACUCUGUACCCCCCUUGCCGUCCUGUCCUCGAGGUUAUCACAAGCCUGAGGGAGGAGUUGGGCUGGUCAUCUCAUUGGUAACUCAAUGGUUUCAUUGGUUUUUAACCUAAUAUCGAGGUUCCUUCUAUUCCCUCAAAUACCCCUAAGGGCUUCCAGGCUCAAGGCCAAUUCCAGACCAAAACCGAUCCUGGGCCUCCUACUUCUGCCACCGGCCCCCUUGCCCCGACCCCGGAAGUGUAGGGCCAAUAGCCCAGCUGGGAGGAAAUCCAGGCCUAGCCUUCCACAGACAUGUUAUUGGGAUUCCCCUGUAGGCUGCCCCGGCUUCCUCUGCCUGGGUGGUGGCUGUGCCCCUUCAGACAGCCCUCACGCAGAGAGCAACGAGGGACAGUGUCUCUUCCCUUGAGCCGCUGUGGCAGCAUUGAAGGAGGGCAGGUAGCCCGGGGCUGGUGCCCCUAUGGGAUUGCUCUUGGAAAUCUGGCCUCAUCGGGUGUCCCACCCAGCAUUCCCCUAAGUGCGCCCACCUCAGCAGACUGUCCCCCAUUUUGGGUCUGGAAGGCAUUGGCGCCAUAAGCAGUGGCCCACUAGAGGCCUUUUCAGGACACGCUCCGGUGGGGCCUCAGGCCAGAGAAGGUUCUUGCUAUUGUGGAACAAGUCCUAGAGGUUGUCUCAGGGGUGACUGGAGGCCCCAGGCCAACAUGGUAAGGAGGAAAGGGAGCCCCCCUCCCUUUGUUGGCCGGGACCUGCUGGCACGGCAGCGUGCUAGAGCUAGAUGGACCUCCAGGAGGCCUGGGCCCCUUUCCCUGGCCCGGAGGAAGCAUGAAAACACAGAGAGGGUGGCUCCCUGUGGAAAUUCAGAAGCCCCCUCCUUCCCCAACCCUGGCGUCUUCGCUCUCACACACGUCUAGGCUGUGCUGUGUGGCUUUCCUUUGUGAGGAGGGAGGGAGAUCUUUGUAGCUUGUUUUAUAAAAAAUAAAAAUGGGUGAACCUUGGUA